AUGGCGCCGCGGGCGCUGCCGGAGCUGCGGGAGGGGGGGCGGCCCCAGGCCGGGCGGUGGUACCGGCUGAGCCCGCGCGGGGAGCGACCCCGCGCCCGGGUGGGACUCGGCUGCCUCGCCCUGCCCGGUCGCGUCCUCCUGCUGGGCGGCGCCGACCCCGCCGGCGCCUUCGGGGACGCGCAUUUCGUGGAGCUGGCCCCGCUCCGCUGGGUCCCCGCCGGCUGGCGGGGGCUGCGGCCGCGCUACGAGCACGCCACGUUCCUGCCCGGGCCCGGUCCCCCGCGCCCCUGGGUGUUCGGCGGCGCCCACCCCGCUGGCAACCGCGGCUGCGUCCAGGCGCUGGACCCCGAAACAGGCGCGUGGGAGAGCCCCGCGGUGAAGGGAUCGCCGCCUCAGCCCCGCACGUUCCACACGUCCUCGGCCGCCGUGGGGGCCCGGCUGUUCGUGUUCGGGGGCGGGCACCGGGGCGCCGAGCCGGUGCGGGACCAGCGGCUGCACGUGUUUGACACAGCCACCCUGACCUGGUCUCAGCCAGACACUCGUGGGGACCCCCCCUCCCCUCGCCACGGCCACGCCAUCGUGGCAGUGGGGACCAAGCUCUUCAUCCACGGGGGCUUGGCUGGAGAUGUGUUCUACAACGACCUGUUCUGCAUCGACACGAGUGACAUGAGGUGGGUGAAGGUCCCGGCCACCGGUGACGUCCCCGGGGGACGAGCAUCCCAUUCCUCGGCUGUGUUCAGGGAGCACGUGUUCAUUUUUGGGGGAAUAGGCCCAGAAGGGUCCCUGGAUAGCACAUACAAGUAUCACACAGGGACGCAGCAGUGGACGCUCCUGCAGUUUGAGUCCCCCCUGCCUGCUGGGAGGCUGGACCACGCCAUGUGUGUCAUUCCCUGGCAGGCUGGGACACAGGGGGACAUGGGAGCCCCCACAGCUGGCACAGAGCCACCUGUGGAGGGGGACAGCUCUGGGCCCCUCCAGCAGGGCCAGGGCAGCACUGAAGACACGGUUGUGCAUCUGCUGUUGGUGUUUGGAGGGAUGGACACACAGGGGCAGCUGCAUGGGGACUGCCUGGUCACCCUCCUGGAGUAGGGGGGCUGUGCCCCUACAGCACCAGCAUUCCUUACAGCAGGAGAGGCCCCUGGGGCUGAUUUUGCCCCUGCUGGCUGAGGCCUUGCAGCCCCAGGCCAGGAAACUUGCUAAGGUCCUGGGGCUCUAAGGCACUACUGGAGCUGGCACCACGAAAGCUCCCUCUGGACUCGGUUCAAUGUCUUAUCUAAUCCCAUGGAUGGGAUAAGGAUCACAAUUAAAAUAAAGAGACCAAAUUCCAAUUAGAUUUUUUUUUUUUAAUAAGGCGUAGGCUGCUUUUCAGUCUUCAGAAAACUGGCCUGUUUCAUGUGAGACUUCAAUAAAGCUCCUGAGAAGUUUUAAUACUG